AUGGACAUCGUCAGCGAAAAGCCAGACCACGGCCAGGCGGCCUUCAAGGCCGGCCCAGCAGUUCUCGAGACCUCGGGCAAGAUCUUGACGGAAAACACCCGCCUAGCCACCGAGACGGAACACAAUCUCACUUUCUGGCAGGCCGUCAAGAUCUACAGGAAGGCCGUGGCCUGGUCCAUCAUCGUCUCUAUGGCCACCAUCAUGGAGAGCUACGACAUCCAGAUCAUCGGCUCGUUCUACGCAUACCCAACCUUCCAGAAGAAGUACGGCGAGCGGCUACCCAACGGGAAAUAUUCCAUCCCCGCAAAGUGGCAGGUGGCCCUUACCCUGAGCGCCAGUGUCGGGAUCAUCAUCGGCAUCUUUGCAAAUGGGAUCUUGGUCGAUAGGUUCGGGCACAAGAAGCUGUUGCUCAUCUCGUACGUCCUGAUGACGGCCUUCAUCUUUAUCACAUUCUUUGCGCCGAGCAUCGAGGUCCUGCUCGCCGGCGAAUUCUUAUGCGGACUCCCCUGGGGCGUCUUUGGUAUCCUGGCACCGUCGUACGCGGCGGAAGUCUGUCCCACUGCUCUUCGCGGCUACCUCACCACAUAUGUCAACCUUUGCUGGGUUAUCGGUCACAUCAUCGCCGCCGGGUCAUACCGGAUCCCUUUCGCCGUGCAAUGGAUCUGGCCAGUCCCCCUUUUCUUCAUCCUCUGCUUCGCCCCCGACUCCCCCUGGUGGCUGGUACGCCAGAACCGCCACGAAGACGCCGAGCACGCUUUAUUACGCCUGUCCGAGUUCAAAGACGAAGGUAAUACCAGCGUCAAGCAGAACCUCGACAUGAUGAUCUACACCAACCAGCACGAAUUGGACACGAACGUAGGCGGCAGCUACCUCGAUUGCUUCAAGGGUCCCGACCUCCGCCGCACUGAGAUCGCCUGUCUGGCCUGGACCACGCAGGUCUUCUCCGGCUUCGCGAUCCAGGCAUACAUCACGUACUUCUUCACGCUUGCCGGUCUCUCGCCCGGCGACUCGUAUAAGCUCGCGUUGGGCACCUACAGCAUUGCCUUUGUCGGGACGGCCAGCUCCUGGGUCCUGCAAGCGUAUGUCGGGCGACGAAAGAUCUUCCUUUUCGGCCUAGCGGCGAUGACCCCGAUUAUGUGGAUCGUGGGAUUCCUCGCUCUCGCGCCCCCAACGGGGGCCAUUGCAUGGGCGCAGUCUGUUCUGCUGCUCGUCUGGUUUGGCGCCUACGGCCUCACUAUCGGGCCAAUCCCAUUCGUCAUCGCUAGUGAGAUAGGAGCGACGCGUUUGCGCAGCAAGACUCUCAGUUUGGCGCGGAACAGCUGUUAUCUUAUGGUCAUUGUAAACGUGGUUGUGGCGCCGUACAUGCUCAAUCUGGCGCAAGGGAAUCUCAAAGGCAUAGCGGCAUUUCCUGCUGCGGGACUGAGCAUGCUUUGCCUUUUGUGGGCAUAUUUCAGGCUUCCAGAGACGAAAGGAAGAACAUACACGGAGUUGGAUAUUCUGUUCGAGCUCGGGCUUCCUGCGAGGAAGUUUAAGGGUUAUGUUAUUGACGCCUUGGAUGUAGUUGAGAAAGUUGACUGA